GCCGCCGAGUGCCAGUGUCCGGCCGCGGGCCGGCCUUGCUGAGUGGGGGCGGCGGGCCCGGGGCCGCGUCGCGGGCCGGGCGGCGGGCGCGGGGUCGCCCGCACCGAGCAGCCGCCGCCCGCGGAGCCUCGUCGCCGCUCCCGCCGCCGGGCAAGAUGAUGUGCGAGGUGAUGCCCACCAUCAAUGAGACCGAAAGCCCCCUGGGCGGCGGCGGGAGCCCGGGCGGCGGGACCCAGGACAGCGGGUCCCCGGCGCCGUUGGACGCCGACUCCCAGUUUGAGCAGCUGAUGGUUUCCAUGCUGGACGAGCGGGACCGGAUCCUGGACACGCUGCGGGAGACCCAGGAGACGCUGGCCCUCACCCAGGGCAAGCUACACGAGGUCGGCCACGAGCGCGACUCCCUGCAGCGGCAGCUGACCUCCUCGCUCCCGCAGGAGUUCACGGCCCUCAGCAAGGAGCUCAGCGUGUGCCGGGAGCAGCUGCUGGAGCGAGAGGAGGAGGUGGCCGAGCUGAAGGCGGAGAGGAACAACACCCGGCUGCUGCUGGAGCACCUCGAGUGCCUCGUGUCCCGGCACGAGCGCUCGCUGCGGAUGACGGUGGUCAAGAGGCAGGCGCAGUCGCCGGCCGGCGUGUCCAGUGAGGUGGAGGUCCUCAAGGCGCUCAAGUCCUUGUUCGAACACCACAAGGCCCUGGACGAGAAGGUGCGUGAGCGGCUGCGAUUGGCCCUGGAAAGGUGCAGCCUGCUCGAGGAGGAGCUGGAGUCCACGCACAAGGAGUUAAUGACUCUUAAAGAACAGAAUAAUCAGAAAAAAACACUAACCGAUGGGGUGCUCGAACUAAACCAUGAAGAAGGAAGUGCACCGAGCACAAAUGGAAAGCGGUCCUCUGGCGGCUCGCUGGGCCCCGAGGAGGACCAGGCCAGAGUGCUGGAGUUGCAGGACAUCGUGGACAAGCAGUCACGGGAGCAGGCCCAGAUGAAGGAGCGCCUGACCGCCCUCUCCAGCCAAGUGGUCGAGCUCGAGGAGGACCUGGACACGGCCAGGAAGGACCUCAUCAAGUCGGAGGAGAUGAACAGCAAGCUGCAGCGCGACGUGCGCGAGGCCUUGGCCCAGAAGGAGGACAUGGAGGAGAGAAUCACCACCCUGGAGAAGCGCUACCUCGCGGCCCAGCGGGAGGCCACCUCCGUGCACGACCUCAACGACAAACUGGAGAACGAGAUCGCCACCAAGGAUUCCAUGCAGCGGCAGACGGAGGACAAGAACCGGCAGCUGCAGGAGCGCCUGGAACUGGCCGAGCAGAAGCUGCAGCAGACGCUGCGGAAGGCCGAGACGCUGCCCGAGGUGGAGGCCGAGCUGGCGCAGCGGGUGGCCGCGCUCUCCAAGCCUGACGCUCUGUCUCCGGGAAGCCCUGCUGCUCCGGACGCUAAGCUGCUGGCCCUCGCCGCCCAGCUCGGGAAGGCGGAGGAGAGGCACGGGAACAUCGAGGAGCGGCUGCGGCAGAUGGAGGCGCAGCUGGAGGAGAAGAACCAGGAGCUGCAGCGGGCCAGGCAGAGGGAGAAGAUGAACGAGGAGCAUAACAAGCGCCUGUCGGACACCGUGGACAGGCUGCUGUCCGAGUCCAACGAGAGGCUGCAGCUGCACCUGAAGGAGCGGAUGGCCGCUCUGGAGGAAAAGAAUUCUCUGUUGCGAGAGGUGGAAAGUGCGAAGAAGCAGCUGGAAGAAACUCAGCACGAGAAGGACCAGCUGCUGCUCACCGUGGAGGCCCUGAGGACCGAGCUGGAGCAGACACGGCUCCGCGGCGCUUCCCUCCACCACGGCCGACCCCACCUGGGCAGCGUGCCUGACUUCCGGCUGCCCAUGGCGGACGGCCCCGCAGACGCCUACGGCAGCGGCGCCGUGUUACGGCGGCCCCAGAAGGGCCGACUGGCAGCUCUGCGCGACGAGCCUUCCAAGGUGCAGACGCUGAACGAGCAGGACUGGGAGCGGGCCCAGCAGGCGAGCGUCCUGGCGAAUGUGGCCCAGGCCUUUGAGAGUGACGUGGACGUGUCCGACGGAGAGGAGGACGGAGACGCGCCCCUGAGCUCGGCGGCACUGCUGUCGCCCAGCGGGCAGGCCGACGCCCAGACGCUGGCCAUGAUGCUGCAGGAGCAGCUGGACGCCAUCAACCAGGAGAUCAGGCUGAUCCAAGAGGAGAAGGAGAGCACGGAGCAGCGGGCCGAGGAGAUCGAGAGCCGGGUGGGCAGCGGGAGCCUGGACAACCUCGGUCGCUUCAGAUCAAUGAGCUCCAUCCCGCCUUACCCCGCCUCCUCCCUGGCCGGCUCCUCCCCGCCCAACAGCGGCCGCUCCACGCCCCGGCGGAUCCCGCACAGCCCGGCCCGCGAGGUGGACAGGCUCGGCAUCAUGACACUGCCUAGCGACCUGCGGAAGCACCGUAGAAAGCCGCCGGCCCCUCGGGACGAGGUCCCGGACGACAAGACAACCAUAAAAUGUGAAACCUCGCCCCCGCCCUCCCCGCGCGCCCCGCGCCCCGAGCGGCUGCACAAAGGCGCCGUGCACACGGUCAGCCACGAGGAGCUGCGGGAGCUCCGCAACUCGACAGGCUCGCAGGACGGCCCCGCAAGCAACCCCAGCAGCAGCAACAGCAGCCAGGACUCGCUGCACAAGGCCCCCAAGAAGAAGGGCAUCAAGUCCUCCAUCGGCCGCCUGUUCGGCAAGAAGGAGAAGGGCCGGCCCGGCCACGCCAGCAGGGAGUCCCCGGGACAAGCUGGCGUCUCAGAGACAGAAAAUUCAUCCCCGGAUGCCCUAGGACUUGGCAAACUGGGAGGACAGGCAGAAAAAAAUCGUAAACUCCAGAAAAAGCACCAGCUGCUGGAGGAGGCCCGGAGGCAGGGGCUGCCCUUCGCGCAGUGGGACGGGCCGACCGUGGUGGUCUGGCUGGAGCUCUGGGUGGGCAUGCCGGCGUGGUACGUGGCGGCCUGCCGCGCCAAUGUGAAGAGCGGCGCCAUCAUGUCGGCCCUGUCGGACACGGAGAUCCAGCGCGAGAUCGGCAUCAGCAACCCGCUGCACCGGCUCAAGCUGCGCCUGGCCAUCCAGGAGAUCAUGUCGCUGACCAGCCCCUCCGCCCCGCCCACCUCCAGGACGAGCACGGGAAAUGUCUGGUUAACACACGAAGAGAUGGAAACGCUCGCAGCCACGCCACACACGGAAGAGGCGGAGGGAAGCUGGGCUCAGACCCUGGCCUACGGGGACAUGAACCACGAGUGGAUCGGCAACGAGUGGCUGCCCAGCCUGGGGCUGCCGCAGUACCGCAGCUACUUCAUGGAGUGCCUGGUGGAUGCGCGCAUGUUGGACCACCUCACCAAGAAGGACUUGCGCGGCCAGCUCAAGAUGGUUGACAGCUUCCACCGAACCAGCUUCCAGUGCGGGAUCAUGUGCCUGAGGAGGCUGAACUACGACCGGAAGGAGCUGGAGCGGAGGAGGGAGGAGAGCCAGAACGAAGUCAAAGACGUGCUCGUCUGGAGCAACGACCGCAUGGUUCGCUGGAUCCUGUCCAUCGGCCUCCGCGAGUACGCGAACAACCUCACCGAGAGCGGCGUCCACGGCGCCAUCAUCGCCUUGGACGAGUCCUUCGACUUCAACACGCUGGCGCUCCUGCUACAGAUCCCGACCCAGAACACACAGGCCCGCGCGGUCCUGGAGAGGGAGUUCAACAACCUCCUGGCCAUGGGCACUGACCGGAGAUUCGAUGAAGACGACGAGAAGAGUUUCCGGAGAGCUCCGUCAUGGAGGAAGAAGUUUCGGCCCAAGGACAUCCGGGGCUUGGCCGUGGGGUCCGCAGAGACCCUCCCCGCCAACUUCAGGGUGGCGCCCUCGCUGUCCUCCCCCGCCAUGCAGCCAAAGAAGACGCAGCUGGACGGCAGUGUGCCGGGCACGCAGAGGCUGGACCCUGCUGCAGUCAGGACCUACUCCUGCUGACGCGUCCUGACGUGUACCCCCACUACUUCUACCGGUGACAGGAGAGGAUGACAUUGCAAAGUCCAGCACUCUUGCAUCUGUUAAUACUUGUCCUAUGGACCCUAAGAUAUUUUAUUACAGAGGUUUCAACGAAAAUUUCAUGACUACCAUAGAGAAAAUAUUUUAGAACUUCAUGUUUCUUAUAUUUAUGUAAACUUACAACUGCAUUUAUAUACUUUUUCAUGUAUAUCCGGCCUAUACAUAUCUUUCAAAUCAAUUCAUGUUCUCCGGCAUAACUGUAGACUUUCCAAUGAAUGUACUGUGAUGCUCAUGUGUGUAAAUCCUGUGAACAGAUCAUGCCUUGUAAAUGAUGCGUUACUGUAAUUACCACUGUUCCAUUUUUAAUAAUAGGCCGUGACAGAGAAGGGGCUCGGCUGCAUUUGUGACAGCUCGGGGACCCCGGCGUGUUGCCGUGGGAACACCGCCUCUGAGCACGGGCCUUCUGUGAGAAGCUGAGCCGCCUGCCGGGACGCGCCCGCCCUGGGCCUGGGAAGGGCAGGGAAACACGACUGGGUUGACCCAGGGCGGGGGCAGCGCCCCCCGGCAGGACCGGCGGGGGGGCCCUGACUGCCCCCCCGCCCCCCGAGGACCAAUCAGGCCCGCACCUCGAGCCAGCGCCCACCUCUCCACCUUUCUCCGUCAACGUGUCCGUCAAGCCGUGAGCCUGUGUGAGGACCCGCCCCGGGCGGAGCCUUCGCCGAGCCCGUCCCGCUUCCCACCGGGAGGCUGCAGCUGCCAGCAUUGGUGCCCGCUCUUAAUCUACUUGUAUAAUUUAUGCUUUUCUAUUAAUCUUUUGUGAACUCAGAUUAUGUAACAAAGUAUGUACAGUCUACUUUUGAACUAUUUUUAUCACAGUAUUAUUUAUUGCUUCUUUCAAUAAAGGCCUCAAGUCAUUUUCA